UGAUGAUUCAAGGCCAGUUGAUGAUGCCUCAGCCAGUGCACCGUUGCAAAGUCAGUUGCUGAAGGUCUUUGUGCGGAAUGUGUCGAUGUUGGGAACAUGCUUGCUAUACUGUAGCAGCUUCGUCCACUGUUGUUUGCGCGCGACCAUUUUAGGUCUUCGUUCCAAUUUUGAUGAGAGCGACUUUUAGGUCUGCUCGAGCACAAAAUAGUCUUCGGUCUUUCUCAUUUUCUCCAACUAGUCAUUAUCGACAUCGUGCGUUUGCCGCUUUGCGUCCGGCGUGCUACUCAGGGGAUAAAAAGUGAUACACUUC